AUGCAGAUUCAAAAGCUCAUCACCGCCCUCGCGGGCAUGGCUGUCGUCGCCGAGGCCUCUGUCGCUUUCCUCGAUGCCUCGCCUUUGAGCGCCGCCCUCGCCAAGCGUCAACAACGUGGUGGUAACCGUGGUGGACAAGGCGGAAACCAGGGUGGAAACGCAAACCAGGGUGGAAAUGCCAACGCUGGUAACAACGGAGCUCUGUGUUUGCAAACGAACGCGGUGCAAAAGGGCUCGCAGCAGGCCGGACAGCCCAACGCCCAACAAGCCAACUCGAAGACCGACAAUGCCAACUUUAUCAACGUUUGCUCCGGCUCUACCCUCACCGAUGGUGAGCAGAAGACUGGCGGUUCCUGCAACGGUAUCCCCAUGGGCAAGAUCCCCGCCCAGACCAAGAUGGUGUCUACCGUCAUCAACAACCCCCCUCACAACGGCAACAUCCAGGCCAACCAGGACUUUGAUGUCGAGCUCAAGGUCAACAACCUGCAAGCCGGCUCCUUCACUGACGCUCAGUCUACCUACUACUCGGCUCCCCAGGAUCUUAGCGGCGGCGGUACCAUCAUCGGCCACGUUCACGUCACUGUACAGGAUAUGGGUAACUCCUUGACGCCCAACACUCCCCUGGACGCUUCCAAGUUUGUCUUCUUCAAGGGUAUCAACGAUGCCGGCGAUGGCAAUGGCAACUUGAAGGCUACCGUCACUGGAGGUCUCCCCGCCGGAAACUACCGUGUCUGCACCAUGUCUAGUGCUUCCAACCAUCAGCCCGUUCUGAUGCCCGUCGCCCAGCGUGGUGCCCAGGAUGACUGCAACAAGUUCACCGUUGGUGGAAACGGCGGCGGCGGUGGUAACAACGGAGGUGGCAACAACAACAACAACGCCGCCAACGGAGGCCAGCAGAACAACAACCAGGGCGGAGCUGCCCGUGGAGGUAAGCAAGCCGGAGGCAGACAAGGCGCCGGCGCUGCUGCAGGCGGUGCUGCAGGAGGUGCCGGUCGCGGCGGUGCUGGACGAGGCGCUGGUCAAGGCCAAUUCCCCGGCCAAUUUCCUCAAUUCCCUGGAAGCGCACCCCCUGGACAGGCCACAACACAAUCCCAGACCGGAAACACACAGGAGACUCCCAAUGCUAACAACUCCGGCCAGGACGGGGACGCCGCCAGUAAUCCGAAGAACGCGACGGCGACUCCUUCGGUAGACCCGGCGGCAGCGACGCCAACGCCCACCCAGGGCGGAGGUGCCUCCAACAAUGGCAAGGCCAACAGCAAUGGAUCCGGACAGAACGGCAACGGUAACACUUCUUCUGGAUCUGGCAAGGGAGGCGCGACGUCGAACGCUAUCGGCGGAAUCGCGGCCCCGGCGGUCUCGGACUCUGGCGAUAGCAGCCGACCAUUCUCCGUCAAUGGCAACUCGUUCGUUUCCAAGGCCAAUGCGGCGCAGCGUGCUUGCGAUGUUCAACGGAAUGCCUGUUUCAAUGCUUUCAACGGUGGAAAGUUGAACGGGGUCACCACGGCCGACUGUGAUGCCCAGGUUCAGACCUGCAUCCAGGAGCUCUCAUAA